AUGGCGGACACGGAGGAUGACAGCGGUUCGAUCAGAACAAUACCAGCCGAAGACCAGGUCCAGAACCUGGUCGAAGUGAGCUGCGACCCGGGGACUAGCACUGUACCAGCAGACCCAAGCUCUGAGCUCCAGGAAGGAGUUGCAGUCCCAGAGGGGAGCGCAGAGGCAGUGGAAGAGGCGCCAGCGCAGCCCGCUACGCAGAGCUCCGAGUCUGGGGACGGUUCGGAGCCACUGGCCGCUGAGCAAACCGUGCAUCCCGAGGAAACGAUUCAGGUGCUGUCUGUCCCAGAGGAGACCGUUCAGACCCAGGAACAGGAACAGGAACAGGAGCAGGAACAGGAGCAGGAGCAAGAGCAGAACCAGACCAUCACUGUGCUGGACUCUGGGGAGCUGCUGCUGGGCUCAGAGUUUGCAAACACCACCAUCCUGUACGUGCAGUCAGACGGCAGCCUGGUUGAGGGGACCGGCCUGACUGCAGAGGAACAGAGGCUGAUCCUGGAACAGCUCUCCAAGCAGACCGUAGUACAGGUGUCGGAUCAGGAAGCAGCAGCUCUGCUCCAGGGAGCAGUGGUCCAGAGCCCGACACAGAGCCCAGUGCAGGCGCAGCCUCAGGUUGUGACGCCUCAGCCUCAGGUCCAGACCCAAGUCCAGGUCCAUACCCAGACUUCUGCUCUUGACCCUGGACAGCUACAGCAGGUCCUCAACCAGGUCUCAAAGUCUCAGAGCCAGGCCCAGUCUAGUCCGGUCCAGAUCCAGGUGGUCUCUCAGAGUGGACUCACUGGAGCCUCACAGCAGCUGAAGACUGUGGCCCAGCAAGUGACCAAACAGAGCCCCAAACCAGUGUUCACACAAGUGCUACAGACUAAACCAGGACUAACCCAGGCCAAACCGCUCCAGAUCCAGACCAUCAGUGGUAAACCCAUCACCAAGACCCUGACCCAGGGCUUGCUGCAGAAGAACACACCAGUGCAGCUGCUGCAGAAGAAGGUUGUUAGCGUGAGAGGCCAGAGGGCGAGAGGGACCGGAGGCCAGAGGGCGAGAGGGACCGGAGGCCAGAGGGCGAGAGGGACCGGAGGCCAGAGGGACGAGAGGGCGAGGGACCGGAGGCCAGAGGGCGAGAGGGACCGGAGGCCAGAGGGCGAGAGGGACCGGAGGCCAGAGGGCGAGAGGGACCGGAGGCCAGAGGGCGAGAGGGACCGGAGGCCAGAGGGCGAGAGGGACCGGAGGCCAGAGGGCGAGAGGGACCGGAGGCCAGAGGGCGAGAGGGACCGGAGGCCAGAGGGCGAGAGGGACCGGAGGCCAGAGGGCGAGAGGGACCGGAGGCCAGAGGGCGAGAGGGACCGGAGGCCAGAGGGCGAGAGGGGACCGGAGGCCAGAGGGCGAGAGGGACCGGAGGCCAGAGGGCGAGAGGGACCGGAGGCCAGAGGGCGAGAGGGACCGGAGGCCAGAGGGCGAGAGGGACCGGAGGCCAGAGGGCGAGAGGGACCGGAGGCCAGAGGGCGAGAGGGACCGGAGGCCAGAGGGCGAGAGGGACCGGAGGCCAGAGGGCGAGAGGGACCGGAGGCCAGAGGGCGAGAGGGACCGGAGGCCAGAGGGCGAGAGGGACCGGAGGCCAGAGGGCGAGAGGGACCGGAGGCCAGAGGGCGAGAGGGACCGGAGGCCAGAGGGCGAGAGGGACCGGAGGCCAGAGGGCGAGAGGGACCGGAGGCCAGAGGGCGAGAGGGACCGGAGGCCAGAGGGCGAGAGGGACCGGGGGCCAGAGGGCGAGAGGGACCGGGGGCCAGAGCGCGAGAGGGACCGGGGACCAGAGGGCGAGAGGGACCGGGGACCAGAGGGCGAGAGGGACCGGGGACCAGAGGGCGAGAGGGACCGGGGGCCAGAGGGCGAGAGGGACCGGGGGCCAGAGGGCGAGAGGGACCGGGGGCCAGAGGGCGAGAGGGACCGGGGGCCAGAGGGCGAGAGGGACCGGGGACCAGAGGGCGAGAGGGACCGGGGACCAGAGAGCUAUACCGCUCCUAG